AUGGAGAAGAUCAUAUACGAGUACCAAUACGACACAUACGAAUGCUCUGUUGCCGCAAAGGCGUCAAGAGAUAUGCUCUCUGGAGAUCUAGCAAUCAACCUUAUUGUUUUCGAAGACAUAUCUUUCACAGCUGUAAAGGUCAUAGAUCUAGCUUGGAACAUGCUUGUGGGUCGCGGUUAUCAAGCUAUUGCAGCAUUCGCCUGCUACCGUCUCUUUACCGGAAUACUAUACCUCACAGCAGAGCAACAAAGUAUAUCCGCGAGAACUUAUUCGGCUGUUGCUUUCUAUGCCACGAGUUUGUGGAGCUCUGGAUCGAUCUUCAGAACGAUACGCCUGGAGAAGUUGAGAUUGUUCAACAAGCUGGCUUUUGUCUGGAUGUUGAUUUCAGUCAUGUACCUACUUUUCGUAGUGACUAUGGCUGAUCUGAUGACUGGUUAUGUGGCAGGUCAGGCGAUGUGGCUCAAAUAUCCCAAUGGUACUAUGAUGGAAACAGGCCCGAUCAACGAGACUGCGCUGUUCAAUAUCGUAUUAGAUGUGCAAAACGCGCAUCUGCCUCCACAAAACAUUACCAUGCCGGACAAGAUGGCCAUCGAACCGAAUUGGACCCUGUCAGCCGGAGGAAUACACAUGGCUGUCAUACCGUCAUCGCCAGAAAGCAAAAACGGAACUAUGAUUUUCGAAAGCUGCCUCAACGUCAAUGAGAUGGGUCUGUACUACGUCGACGCAUAUCUUGACCCUAGACCAGGUAACCCGUAUGGACCCUAUUGGUACUCAUCUGGCGAUUAUCGGUAUAACGACCCUCCUCGGCAGAAGCUAUUGACCUCCUAUUCUACUGAGUCGUGUUUGAAUCUCUUCAACUUUGGAACUACGGACUUGUUCCAGCUACCUAAUUAUUCUCCUAACAUGACAUGGUGGCGAGAUGAGAAGAACUUCCGCUGUCUGCCUUCUGAGACUUAUUCCUGGGGCUUCUCAUACCAAUACACCAUCCUCCUCACGUCUAUCAACAGUAUCUGGCUUCUCUUGACCGCAUUACUAUGGCUUCACGUAGAGCUUAAAAGUCAAUUCCUUCAAAAGCGCGGGCCGCUUGGCACCUGGAGAGCCGUCAUAGAUCUAGCCAACGCUGUGCAAGAGAAACUCGGUCGCGACACUGGAGCAUACACAGAGGCGCACCUGGAAAAAGAAAUCGGAAAGAUACAGCCAUUGACGUACAGUAUUGAACAAGAUGCACCGGAUGGUUUAGGAAGAAUUAGACUUGGAACAUCUGGUGAAGGUGACGAGGAAUGGCCAAGAAGGGACCUCAAUUUGGAUUGGAAGGUCAAGUACUGUUGA